AUGGACCACUCCCACAUGGAUCACUCCCACAUGGACCAUUCCAUGAUGGACCACUCCGCCAUGGAUCACGGCAACAUGGGCGGAAACGGCAUGGGCGGCGGCAUGGGCGACCGGUGCAGCAUGAACAUGCUCUUCACCUGGGAAACCAAGAACCUUUGCAUCGUCUUCCGUCAGUGGCACGUCCGCUCUACGUCCGGCCUCAUCAUUUCCCUCCUCCUUGUCGUUGCCCUCGCCGCCGGCUACGAGGCCCUCCGCGCCGCCUCCCGCCGCUACGAGAACUCCGUGAACAAGCGCAUCGAAUCCCUCCCCAGACGCGAACAGGUCGAGGCCAGCAAGAGCGCGCACCUCCUCAAGGCUGCCCUCUAUGCCGCACAAAACUUCUACGCCUUCAUGCUCAUGCUCGUCUUCAUGACAUAUAACGGCUGGGUCAUGGUCGCCGUUGCGGUCGGCGCGUUUGUGGGCUACGCCUUGUUCGGAAGCACGACCUCGUCGACAAAAGACAACGCCUGUCACUGA